UUUCGUCAGUUGAAAUCGAAACGCGUUUGAUGACGGACGUGUGUGUGGUGUAUUUGAAGAUUAUUUUAUUUGUUAAUUAAAUAUUGUUUAAUUAAUUAGUAUACAUAGCAAACAAUGAGUUUUAUAACCGUACUACACGCCAACAAGUUCAUUAAUUACGGUUUAAUUAUCGCGAAACACGUCGCGUAAUUUAAAGCUUCAACGUAUGAGAUUAUAACUAAAUGUAACCCAAGUUUUAUAAUAAAUACGAAAUAUAUAAACGAACAAAAAAAAAGCGGGACCCAUACAUAGAUAGGAUGUAUAUGUGUAUAGAUGAUAAAAUGCUUAUCUCGAAUUUCGGUAUAUAGGCUUUGACAGCUGAGAUAUAAUAUAUAUAAUAGACCCAACGUCGAUGGUGUAUACUCGUAUGCGUAUCGGUAUAUAUAUAAAUAUAACGUGUAUAAAUGUGAGCUAUUUUGUGUUGAAAAAACGCCAAAAGAAACUGAGAAAAUAUAAUGUUUGAACGUCGACACAGGGGUUGCUAGCAGCGGAAAUUUACGAAAAUCAAAUAAAUGAUAAAAAGAGGAAUAUAACUAUACAAUACUCUGGGUUGACUGUGCAUAACUGGAUAUACAUUUUUUUUUUUUUGGAUUCAUUGUGAGUUAGAAGUUGCUUGAAAUGGCCGAGUUGAAGGAGAACAAAGCAAUUGUCGUCAACCCACAUAAGCCAAUUAAAGUUUUAUUGAAGACUGUGAGCCAGCAAAUAACAUGUUUUUUGUGCAAAGGAUAUUUGAUUGAUGCCACAACAAUAGUCGAAUGUCUUCAUUCAUUUUGUCACAGCUGCAUCAUAAAACGACUAAAGACAACUGAAUACUGCCCGAUAUGUGAGCUGAUGAUAAACAAGAAAAAACCAAACAUAAAACGUGAUGCUACGCUGCAAGCAAUCGUUUAUAAACUGGUACCUGGAUUGUAUGAAAAAGAGCUGUUGCGGAAACGAGCUUUUUACAAAGCACAUCCGAAGGAAGCCGUGUUAGCUAGUCCAGAACAGCGUGGUGAAGAUACCGAACAUCUGAUACUGUCGCCAAACGAAAACAUUCCGUUAUCAUUGGAAUAUGCGGAUGUAGAAGAAAUAGAAGACCAAAUUGAACUGAAGCGGCCAAAGUACCUACAAUGUCCCGCUGUUUUCCCGGUUUCGUAUUUGAAGAAAUUUGUUUUGCAUAAGUUUGGCAUAGAUUCCAAUCAAUUUUGCGUGGAAAUCAUGUACAAAGUUAAAACUAUUGUCUUACCGGAUCACUAUACGCUGAUGGAUGUGGCAUAUAUUUACACAUGGAAAAAGGAUGCUUCAAUGAAAUUCUUUUUCCGAGUACGAAGCAAGGAGGUAUCAUCCGAAGAACUACCAGAAGUACCACUACGUCGUUCUCCAAGCAUAUCUGAUCGAAAUGAGAAGCAGACUGAAACAAUAAAAAUCGAGCAAACUGAACCAAUCAAAACCACUGCGACUGAGUCCUUGUCAACUCCAACAAAUAUUUCAACGACUACAGAAACUGUGGACGGUUUUGUCAAACCCAAGUCACCAAAAUCAAUUACACCGGACAGACACAGUGCCGGUAAUCCGAUUAAUGAUGCGAUAAAAAGUGAUUUAGCGAAACCUAGUGCGGAAGUGCAAAAGUCUGUGAACAACGAAAAGAGUGGUAAAUUAGAAAAGUUGGAAACAAAACGAAUUACGGAACUGAGAAGGUCAUUAAGUGGGAACGAUAAAGUGGAAAAGAAGAGUGUAAAAGACGAUGAGAAAAAUCAAAAAGUUAAAAGUGUGAAGAAAUGCAAAAGCGAUUCCAGCGAAAAGCGUUUCGAAAAUAUUAAAUUAAAAAUUGAUCUGUCCCGUCAAAAUAGUGUAACCAUAAUCAAGAGUUCGGUGAACGAUCUGAAAAUGAAAUUUAAAACAGAACGUGACACUAAGAGCGAAUCAAGUGAAACAAGUGCCGAUAAACCGAAAGACGAUGUAAAUAGUAAGAAGAAACCGGAAAUCGAUGUGAUAACACUGGCUAAAGUAAGUGAGAAAACAGACUCGAAUGACAGUGAAGUGAAGUACGAAAUUAAAUCGCCCAAAAGUAGUCAUUGUGAUAAUAAGGAGCCAGUCAUUAAAUGUGAAAGUGAAAUAAAAGUGGAUUUGGACAUUGAUGAGAAAAAAUCCGAAUUUUUAGAAUCGUUUAACUUAACGCCGACAAAAUCCCUGUCCCCCGAAAAAUUGGCCAUCAUUGCGGAAAAGAAGAAAAUUGAAAAGGCGACUGCCAAUGAAUUGUUAAGCAAAAAAGAAAUGUUUACAAAACAUUCGACCAAGAGCGUUCCAUGGCAUCAGCCGUACGGUCAACCAUCAAAAGCGAAUUCCAAAACAAGUGUGGCUACCAGAAUAAGUGAUAUAUUGUUACAAAAGCAACGUAAUUUUGCUGCCUCCAGUUCAGCUUCAACGAAAUCUCCUGCAACAAUAUUACCGAAGCAAAACCUGACAAAAGUAACAUCUUCACAGUCAACGAAGAAUUCCAAUCACUCUACAGAAUCUACAGUUACAUUGCAUUCUAAUAAGCCAAAUAAGGAUAAUCCUCUUAAAACGACGAUUACGAAAUCAGCUAGUCUUUCUCCGAAAUUGUUGACUGACAAAUCCGCCGAUGAAAAUGGUAACAAAUCUCCACAAGGUCCAGUUAAAAAUACAAAACCCGAACCCACAGUCAGCAAACGUAAAAGCAAGGAGCCCAUCAAGAACAUUCCGAAACGACGGUUUUCUUUAUCUCUCGAUAGUCCAAUGAAGUCAAAACUAUCAAUCGAUUCAUUAGCAAAACAUCUUCCAAUGCUUCCGGAACAAGUAAAGAAUAUGAAAUUGCCUGUAGAGCCACCAAUGAAUCGAGCCAAAUUACCUUUGGAACAGCCAAACCUGACUAAGUUACCGGUUGAAGAGUCUAUUAAAAAUUCCAAAUUACCGAGUAUGCCUUCCAUAACCGAAGACCAUGAAACAUCGAAAGUCAAAAAAGAUGUGGAAAUUAAACCGACCAAUUCAACAAAUCGAAUUUGGUGUGUCGAUCCAUGCGCAUUGGGAGGAAAUAAUGUGAAUAAAACUCCAAGUGUUCCGGAAAAGAAAACAGCCAACGGAAACACUCAAAAGAAAGAAACUCCGAGCUCGCUGGGUAAAAUGCUUCCGCCAACAUCUACCAGUACUCCGAGAAAAGUAACUGACAAUGAUAACAAGGGCAAAGUAAAGAUCAAUCGAAUGAAACCCUUGGCACCUGGUCCGCGAAAACUUCCAACUAUUCUACCGAAACCAUCGCCGUCAUCACCAGCAUCCAGUAUGCCUCAACUAACGAAAAUGCUCAAAAAUCCAGAUACCGAAAUCAAACAAAUACCAAAUGGGAAGGACAUCAAAGUGUACGGCCCUGCAAUGGACAUGCCAAAAAUUCCAUUAGGGUCCACAUCACCAGCAUAUGUACCAUCAUUCAACACUAUGCAUCGAAAUCCGUCUGCGGGCUACCUCAAUUACGCAUUAAUGAAUUCGCGUAAUCGAACGAACGAACUGCCACUUGGUAUGAGAUCUCCAGCCUACUCUCCUGCGUCACCAAUCUACUCACCGAAUUCGCCACAGUACAGUCCAAACUAUGGUAUCCCUACCCAACAAUUCAAAUACAUGAAGUCACCAGCUUACAUUCCAAAUUACCCACAAACUCCGAACGGUGCCAGUCAAGGUGUAAAUAGUUUGAAAACUGUUACAUCAUCGCCAAAGAAAAGUGAGAAAUUGAACGAGAAUAAUAAACGUCCACACUCAAAUACACCUGACGGAAAUUCACCGCCCGAAAAGCAGGCCAAAGUACAAUCAUUGCUGGAGUCGUGCAAAAUUAAUUUCCCAUCAUCUUUGUCUAUCACGCUUCACGAACAAAACGACUCGUCGAUGAACAAUCCGCUAUUUAACCCGAAACGGAACAGUCCUGUAAACAACUACAUCGAAAUUGUUAAAUUACCAGAAAUUCCUGCUAAAGAGGAAGUCAAACAAAACACACAGCCGAAAAGUGAAACUAAUAAACCCCCAUCCGUAAAACCAGUGACUCCAAAGCCGCCAGUCGCAAAAUCGCCAUCACCAAAGCCACAAGUGAAUAACAAUGACAAAGAAAAAGUGCUGCCAGAUUCAAGUAACACAGCGAAGGUUACAUCCGAACCAAAAAAAUCUCCAGAAACAAAGGCGAUACCUGAACUGAAUGCAAUGGACAAAAGUGUUGCAGCGCUACUGAAAGUCAGACGUGAUAAGGAAACCGGAUAUCAGGGAAAGUUUCUCGAAUCGAUUCUUGAGAAGAAGCGGAAUGAACUCGCACCACCGCCACCAAAAAUGUCAAAACCUAAUCCAGAAUCGUCAUCAAACGGUUCGUCCGGUUCCAAAAAACCAGCAACGCCACCUUUAACACCAAAGGCGACCAAGUCAACCACAAAAUCUCAAUCGAAACCAACCGAUCCAACCAAACCAAGCAAACCAAAUUCACCGAAGAAUUCGCCACCCAAACAGGGAAAAAGCGACGCAGCAUUAGACUUAUCGGCUCCGGUGAACCUAGCCAAUAAAACAUCAAACAACAACAAUAACAAAAGUCAAUUGGAUCAACCGGAUAUGACGGCACUGUUUGCCGAUGUUAUGGCUCGGGCUUCGCAUACUCCCAAUUUUAUGUUACCCGCAUUCGGUCAACAGAUGGGUCUACACAUGCAUCAGGCGUUAUGGUUGGAGAACUUAGCGCGAAUGAGGCGAGCUGGACACGAUAAACUGAACGAAGCGUUGGAGAGUUUUGUGAAAACUAUCAACAAUAAACAUUCGGAGAAUUCGUGAUGAGAGAAGAGUGAAAGGGAGGUAACGUGUGGGUGAUAAACCGAUCGGUUCUUUUAGAUUUUCAGUGUUUUACUCAAAAACGGGAGAUAAAGUUAACUUUGCUUCACGGUGACGAAACGUUAUCUCAAUUUUUUGAGUUAAAAUACCUUACUUGGCAAUGGAACAAAUGGUAGAAAUGACACUUCUUGUGUGUUUACCGAGGCGUAGCCGAGAUCGGUAAAUUUCGCAAAAGAAGUGUCAUUUCCAGCAUUUGUGCCAUUGGUAAGUAAUGUACUAUUUAUUUGUCUCUACAAUCAAUUUUGUUGAGUGAUUAAAUUCAAUGUUCUGUGAAGAAGGAAAAAAAAAGGUUUACAUAAAGCAUCAACUAAUCCAGUGACUAAUACGUUCGGAAGCAAAAUGAAGCUUCUACACAAUUGUAUAUAGUAAUAAUAAUUGGUGGAACAGUACGUCCACACAUUUAAAAUUUUAAAUUGUAAAUAAUUUCACUUCAUUCCUAAUUUAUAUAAUAAAAAAAAAAAAUUCUCACAGCCUAUGGAUCUAACGUAGAAAAACGUUGAGUUACCUUCAAAGCCCCUUUUUAUAUUUCACGUCGUCGUUUUUGUUAUGCUUUUGAGUUUUUUUUUUGGUUAAGUCAUGUUUCUACGUUAUACUAUAUGGUUAUAUCUAUACAGAUGUGUGUAUACUACACAACUGGUAUAUCUGCGUACGAACACACAUAUAGACGGAUGUUAUAUGCACAUAAAAGAUAAAAUAUAAAACGGUGAUGCCGUUGGCAGAAAUAGCUUAGUUUGUACAUAGUAAAUAUAGAGAAAAAAAAUGCAAUCAUGUAUACUAACUACACCUAAUAAUGAUAUUAAACAUUUAGGAAAUAAAAUGACAACAACAACAACUGAAAAACCAGGGAACUCAUGUAAUUAUUUUAAUGUGUUCGGUUUCGUUUUAUGGAAAAAGAUAGUAGGUCUCUAUGGGUGAGAAUGUUAUAUAUGAACUUGAUCAGGGACUAAACAAUUGUACAUUUUUUAAUGAAUUGUGAAAAAUUAUUUUUUUUUCUAAUAAUUAAGGUGAAAUGAAGUGAAAUAAAUUGAAAAUAAAAUAUUUUCGUACUAUUGCUACAACUACUAUUUUUUAAUGAAACUAAUCAGAGAGAGAAUACAAAGAAAAGAAACGAAUGCAACAUCAAUCAAAUCAGAGAGAAAGAGAGAGAAAAAAAACAAAUAAAUUGAACAAUGAAUUACAUGUGUAAGAAGUUGAAAAAGAGUAAAUUUUUACCUAAAUAAAUGAUUGUUUUUCAUGUAAAUAAAUUA